AUGGCUAUAGUCAACUUUACUCAAGCCAUCAAAUUCAAUCCCACAGAUCAUGAAGCAUAUUUUCAGAGAGCUCAGAUGUAUGAACAGAGAGGUGAAAUGUUAUUAGCUCUAGAAGACUAUACCACAUGUAAAAGAAUAAUGCCCAGUAGAACUGAUGCCAUAAUGAAACAUGGAUUGUAUUAUUUUGAACAUGAGUGUGAUGAUGAGGCUAGGUUUAGUAAAUCAGCCAAACCUUAUAUACCAAUGAAUUAUCCUAUAUCAAGAAGAAAUCCAAAUUGGAAUAAUGCCAUCAAUGAUUUUACUGAUUUACUGAAAGUAGAUCCUCUCAACGCUACAGCAAGGUUGUAUCGUGGUAGAGCCUAUGCUAAAUUGUCACAAUGGAUACCAGCUGUUCAAGAUCUGUCAGCUGCCAUUCAUCUGGAUCCUAGAAACUGGCAGGCAUUUUAUCAUAGAGCUUGUAUCAUUAGAAAGACAAAUCGUGAGAGAGCUCUACAAGAUUAUAGUAUGUCUUUAUUAUUAGAUGAUUCAGAAGAGAAUAUUUUAUCAUAUUUACAUCGUGGUAUACUUUAUAAUGAUUUAGAUUGGGGUGCACUGAAAUUUCAUAUCAGAGUAUAUGAUUUAGCUAUUAGAGACCUGUCUAAAGCUGCCUCAAUAGAUAAUACCUGUUCUCUAGCUUUCUUCAACAGAGCUGUCUGUUAUCAGGAAAACAAGCAAUUUGAUAUGGUAAUUUGUUCACGAGGAACGUAUGGCUCAGAAUGUAAUAAUUUCUGUCAUUGUUCUAACUAUGGUAAAUGUGAUGUUAUAACUGGUCAAUGUCCUAAUGGUUGUCAGAUAGGAUGGUAUGGUGGUAGCUGUAAUAAAGAUUGUACAAGUGGUACCUAUGGAAAUAGAUGUAGUGAAAAAUGUCAAAACAGACAGUGUAAAGGAUCACAAGUAUGUAAUCAUAUUACAGGAAAAUGUACUGGUGGUUGCAAGCCAGGUUAUACACAAGAUGAUUGUACAGAAGACUGUUCAAGGGGUACCUAUGGAGAUGGAUGUAAUAAACAAUGUGACAAUAGACAGUGUGAAGGAUCACAAGUAUGUAAUCAUAUAACAGGAAAAUGUACUGGUGGUUGUCAAACAGGUUAUAAAGGAGAUGAUUGUACAGUAGACUGUUCAAGUGGUACCUACGGAGAUAGAUGUAAUAAACAAUGUAACAAUAGACAGUGUAAAGGAUCACAAGAAUGUAAUCAUAUAACAGGAAAAUGUACUGGUGGUUGUCAAACAGGUUAUAAAGGAGAUGAUUGUACAGUAGACUGUUCAAGUGGUACCUAUGGAGAUGGAUGUAGUAAACAAUGUGACAAUAGACAGUGUAAAGGAUCACAAGUAUGUAAUCAUAUAACAGGAAAAUGUACUGGUGGUUGUCAAACAGGUUAUAAAGGAGAUGAUUGUACAGUAGACUGUUCAAGUGGUACCUACGGAGAUAGAUGUAAUAAACAAUGUAACAAUAGACAGUGUAAAGGAUCACAAGAAUGUAAUCAUAUAACAGGAAAAUGUACUGGUGGUUGUCAAACAGGUUAUAAAGGAGAUGAUUGUACAGUAGAAUGUCCUGAUGGUUUUUAUGGUGCUGGUUGUCAGAAGAAUUGUAAUAAUAGAAAAUGUCUGAAGAAUUCGAAGUGUGAUCAUGUGAUAGGAGAAUGUAUUGGUGGAUGUUCUGUUGGUUAUAAACCAACAGUUCAAGACUGUACUCAAGGAUGUGAGACUGGUUUGUAUGGAGUAGGGUGCAGUAAGAAAUGUUCAGAUAGAAAAUGUGAUGACAAUUCAACAAAAUGUGACAGUAAAACAGGAGAAUGUGAUGGUGUAUGUCAACCAGGUUUUCAGUCAAUUGAUUGUACUCUAGAAUGUGAUGAAGGAUUCUAUGGAUAUAAUUGUUCAUCAAAUUGUUCAGCAAGAUUUUGUCAAUCAGAAGACCAGUGUAGUAAGAUAGAUGGAGCCUGUGAUUGUCGGGAUGGAUAUCAAGGAACUGACUGUACUGUUAGAAAAGAUGAGGGUAUCGGGCACGAAGAUAAAGAUACAAUAAUUGCCUUAUCAGUUUGUAACACUAUCUUGAUGGGAAUUUUGAUCUUCCUCGGUGUACUUGUUUUCAUCAAAUACAGAAAAUAUAAAGAUGCCGACAACCAGUGA